GUCGGCUGCCUUUCCGCUGACUCUGGACCCACCAUGCAGGAGCACAGCCGUGGAAGAUGAGGAAGACUUUAUUGCUAUGCUUUAUCCACGGCUUCAAGGGCGGGGAUGAGACGUUCAGAACGUUUCCGAGCCACGUGAAGGCGCUGCUCCAGCAUGCCCUGCCCAAGGUCACCAUCCUCACCAUCACGUAUCCCCAAUUUGAGACAAGAGGCGACUUGCACGAGUGUGUAGGGAGAUUCAAGGAAUGGCUACAGGACAAGAUCAUUGAUCUCGAGGUGGCUAACUCGACGCCCUCGCCCACAGUCGACCCCUCGGUGCGGACCAUCUUGGUGGGCCACUCCAUGGGUGGCAUUGUAGCGGCAGAAACACUGCUCUCCAUUCUCUCGGAACAGCCGAUCCACUCACAGUCGAAUUCGCAAACGGGCGCCGAGUCGCUGUCGGAACACUCGACGCUCAUGUUCCCGUACAUACAAGGUAUCCUCGCCUUCGACACGCCAUAUCUAGGCAUUGCGCCGGGCGUGGUAGCCCAUGGCGCUGAAAAGCAUUGGAAUACGGCGAGCUCGGCAUACUCUGCGUACACAAACCUCGCCGGUGCAUUUGGAUGGGGUGCCAAAGACACGGCCUCCAGCACGGUCGAUACAAGCAAGAUGCUCCCUGCGCCCGCGACCUCUCCAAGCGCGGAUGCGGCAUCAGCGCCUUUAUGGCAGCGCUACGGCAAAAUGGCUAUGUUUGCAGGAGCCGCAGGAGCCAUUGCAGCCGGCGGUGCCGCAGCAUACAUGAAGAAAGACCAGAUCAGCCAGGGCGUAACGUGGGCAACGUCGCACCUAGAAUUCGUCGGCGUCCUUGCACGGCCCGAGGAACUGCGUAAGCGAUUAGAGAAGAUUGCAAAGUUUACUACAACACAUGAGCUUGGCUUCUGCAACAUGUAUACUACUUUGGGCCACGCUAUCAACAGUGAGAACAAAGAGCACGGCUGGACAGGCAAAGUCGCAGGCAAAGACCGCACUUUUUGCAAUCUACCCAAGGGCCCGCUAAAAAAUUUCUUCAUUCCUGCUGUAAACGAUAAAGCUACGGCUGAGACAUGGGCGCACACGUCCAUGUUCGAUCCCCGCAAUAACCCGGGCUACUACACGCUCAGCGAGACAGCCAAGGAAAAGAUUAUCGAGUGGACCGAGAACACGGAGUGGUAUGGAGAAAGCGAGGGACCGCUGAUAGGUGAAGUAGGUGAAGAAGCAGAGAUUGUGGAGCGUCAGGAGGUGGAUGAGCAGAUGCAAAAAGAGGCGGAUGCGAAGGAAGCAGAGAAGGCGAAGAGUAAAGGGGAUGGGGAUGGGCUGGAGGAGGAAGGAGGGUUUGUGCAUCUCAAACAGGGGGCUGAGGCUGCGGAGUGGGAGGAUGAGGCGAGAAAGAGGACGGAGUUGUGAUGGUUGAAGUCGCGUUUUCGUGGUAUACCCCCCUUUGCUUGCUAUCAAGUCUGUAAGUAAGUACCCACAUAGUUAAGGCCUGUUCGACCCGUCCUGCUUCUUUAACCUAGUAGUCUCUAUACUAUAUAAAUUCAAUGCCCACUAUCCCUUUAGCCUCU